CUUAUUAAAUAGAUAUGUAGUGUAAAUAAUUAGUAAACAUGAGCACAAUGACUAUGCGAAACUCAAUGCGCAAAAGCAGUACGCUGACAUCUGCUGAAGGUACCACGGAGGAGUUUUCAAAGGCUGUGUAUACAUCACUCUCCAAAGUCAUCAACAACAAAGAAAUACCUCCGAAGCAAAAACACAUCAGAAUUGCUGUAAUGUCUACUCACCGAGAGCGAGGCGCAUCCACCUUCUGGAGCAUAGUAGUGCAAAUGGGGCUACAAGGCCACGACGUCACAGCCUACAAAUUCUGUCUGGUGACUCAUAAUGUUCUUAGAGACGGGCACCCUAAUGCACUGGCGGAUUCUGCGAGACAGAUUCCCUUUUUGGAUACCCUAUCCAGAUUGUGGACUAAUAUGGCUGAUGGAUACGGCAGGACAACUGCGUUUUAUUGUGAUCUACUUGUGAAUAAGCUCAAGUUUCACGAAAGGAACCCACUGUUUCCUGGAAAUCUACACUUCGAAAACAUCUCCACCUUCGAAGAGGAAUACGAUUCCCAUCCUGAUAAUUUAUUCAACCUUUGUGCCGAGCUAUUUGAUUAUUUGGAGGCUUCUUUGACUUUACAAUCACAGAUUUUCAAGGUGAUCGAGAGAGGGAGGUGGGGUACAGCCACUGCCCAGUCUCAGUGCUUCCUGUCUCCAUUGGUUCCCCUCAUUCAGGAUACUUGUCAAUUAUACGACCUCAUUGUCAGGAGCAUGUUCAAACUACACUCCACUCUUCCAUCCGACUUCUUGCUUGGACAUGUGGAUCGAUUCAAGAUAUUAUUCCAGCCGACAAAACAAUUUUUCUCAGAAGCUGCCAGACUGACUUACGUGAAAUCUUUCAUGCAUCUUCCUUCACUAAGUGUGGCGCCAGAUUUCUCGCGUGUGGCUCAAAAAACAGCUUCCAAACAACAUUAUGCACCAGUGGAAAUAAUCAAGCAGCCUGCAUCAGAACAAGGAGAUUACGAUUAUUACUACGAAGACGACAGCAGUGUUGGCGGGACAAGUGCUUCUGGAACCUUGGUUGAUGUGCAGGACCCCGCGCCUCCUCCGCUCCUUCCCAGAGCAGCAAAUUCCUCCCUCACUCUGGGAGCCUUGGGGAGAGCACCCGACGUCAUUCCCAAGAGAAGUCCACCUGAAGUACCUCCUCUACCACCCCAGAUAGAAAUGUAUAGUCCUUCGUCACAAACGACGUCCCCUGUUGCCGUUGGUGUGGGUGGGGGGAAUGAGGAGAUGCAGGCAGAGAUAGACUACCUGUUGAAUGAGAAUGAGCAGCUGAGAGAGCGACAGAGACAGCAGGAGGUGGAGAUGAGUAGGGAGAUCAGCGAGAUACAGGAGAGGUUCAUACAACUCAAGUCCGAGAACCAGCAGCUGAAGAGGGUUGCGAUGGAUGCUGACUCUCGAGUGGAGCAGUUGAGUGAGGAGAUGCAGCAGCAGAGUCAGAUGUAUGCGGACAAACUGAAGGCCAGCUCGGACAAGUUCAACAAGAUCACUGAGAUAUACACAAAGCUAAGAGAGGACCACCUCAAAGUGCUCAGGGCGAAAGGAGAACUGCAGAAGCAGUUGAAUAUGGCUUCGGAGAGCAACCAGCUCACUUUAACAGACAGUCAGCUGAGACAGCAAACGCAGCAGGAGGAAGUGGAGAGGGCAAGAGUGGAUGUGGGACAGCUGAACAAGCAGAUUGCAGAGAUGGAGGAGAGAUCUCAGGAGCAGAACUCACUUUUGGGCCAGAAGAUGAAACAGCUGGAUGAUGCGACUGUGAAGAUUAAUGUGCUAACGGCUCAGAUAGAGACGUCCCAGAAGUUUAUAGAGAGUAUUUUUGGAUACAUGAGUGAGUCACUGUCUACAGCUCUGGAUGUGGAAAAUCCUUGUUUGACUAUGCAAAUUGAAAGAACUGAUGAGCUUGUAAAUAUCAUCCAAAACGUGAUUGUGUCUUGGAAGCAGCUUCAUCAAGCUCCAGACGAGCACUCUCGUUCCAAAACUGUUCUCAAAAUGGGAGAUGAUUUGUACUUGGUUGGAGUUAUCGUUGCUUCCAUCUUACAAUUUUUGCCGAUUACAUCCUCAGUUCGAAAUUCAUUGCUCGCCAAUUGCAGACAAAGCAAAGAUAUUUAUUUAUCUAUGCUCGAUGCUCUUCGACAGAGCAAUGGAAAACUAACUAGCGAACAGCUGAUAGCUCUUACUUCAACAGGACCAAAUGAUUUCGAUUUACUCGGAGAAAUUCCAGCGCCAGAUUGUUUCGCUAAGCUUCUACAAACUAUUCAGGAGCUGAAGGAUGAGGCGAGUGGUGUUGAAAAAGGUGCGGAGAUUGACCUUGAACAGGUUCUAGAGGACGAAAUGAGAACUGCUUCGCGUGCGGUGGAUGAGGCCUCCAACAAAUUCCAGGAUCUUCUCAAGCUGAAUUCGGAGGAAAAUAGUGGAGUUAAACUUCAAGUUCAUUCAUCUCUAAUUGCAUCCUGCUCCAAGUUGAUGACAUUGAUAAAGCAGCUGAUGUUAGCAGUGAAAGCAAUGCAACAAGAGCUGGUAGACACGCGAUCCAAAUCUUCUAACAAGAAAGAAUUCUACGCUAAGAAUUCUUCCUGGACUGAAGGACUGAUUUCCGGUGGAAAAUCGUUGGGCCUGUCGGCUAACAUGCUUGUCGAGACUGCGGACGCUGCUAUGAAAGGCAGUGGGCGAUUCGUGGCUAUCAAUGCUUGUGCAAAGGGCAUCGUCUCAGCUAUCGCUCAUCUGGUGCUGGCCACAAAAGUGCAGCAGCAGGCAUCCCCUCAGUCAGUCCUGGCUGCCAACCAGGUCACUAGUCUGGCCAAACAGGUCCAGGCCUCCACUGGAGAGGUCAUUGCAGCCACUCAGCAAGCCCAGAGCUUGGAAGAGAACAGUUCUUUGAUGGACUUCAGCAGUCUGAAUUUGCAUCAAGCCAAGCAAAAAGAGAUGGAAUCGCAUAUAAAACUGAUGGAGCUGGAAGCAAGUGUCGAACGAGAACGAACAAAACUAGGAGAUCUGAGGAGACACCAUUACAAAUUGGCAGCAGCCGCACAACAGGAGCAGCAAGACCAGGAAUCGGGAUGAAUUACUUUUUGGCGGGCUUAAAGUGAUUAAGUUAAAACUGUGUCCAUGUGAUUGAACAUAACCUAACCAUGAAAACUUCUGUAGCUAAUUUUGUAAAUACACUAGUCGGUACUCAGCUUCAUGUCCCAUUCAUUCAUUCGUAGAGUACAAAUGGUCUGCUUAGAGUAUUUAAGCUAUAUUUAUGACCUUUCUAGAGUGUGUCUAAAAUGUAGAUUGGUAAAAACGGAUCAAUCAAGUGUCGAUGAGCGAAAUGAAGACAUUGAUUUAGGUGUCGUAAUUUUUUUCAGGAAACGCUCAGUUUUGAAUUUUUGCGAUUUGGCUUUUGAUUUAUUUCAGUCCAAAUUAGUUUGCUGAAAGGAGGCAGUUGACGCUCUGUAAUAAUAAAAACGCGAAAAAAUGCAUGUCGUUGUUUCAAAAAAGAAGACUUAAAUUUUCAGAAUUCUCAACGGAAUUUGAAAAAUAGCUUUUGACCCACAGUUUUCUAAAUUUGGGUAUGUGCCUUUUCAUCCGUUUCCCCUCCACCGGCCAUGCUUAUUUUCCAACUUUUGUCCACGUAGUCUAAUUGUUAUGAAAAUUGGCACGUGAAUGCAUUCCGCAGUUAAAAACACAUUGUUCUCAAAUAAAAUUUCGUAAAUAAAUGAUUAAGAGUAAUGAACGCGGUGAGUACUCUGAUACAGGUCUUCGUGAUUUUUUUUACUUAGAUUUUUUUAAGUUCACUUCAUUUCUUUUGUUAAAUGGAGGGCAAACUCCACUUUCGAAUAGAAACAAUGGAAUCUGGUAAAUGGAGUUCCCCGCGAAAUACAUUUUAACUGUUGGUCCAGUUUUCUCAAAUUGGCUUAAAUUUAUCAAACAAGCAACAAUCAUACUUUUUUUGUGAAAUUCAAAGAGCUUCAAGGACAUAGGUUUUUUUUUGUAAAAUUCCAAGAUUGAAGUGUUUUCAAAAAUUUAGUUUUGUUUUCUGUUUCAUUGCGUUCAUUAAUCUUUUCCAACUGUCAGUUGGCUUUUUUACGCUGUAAAAAUGAUGUUUAAGGACUAAAAAAUAGCCAUAGUAGAAAGAAACGGUAGAAGAGCCUGGCUUGUUUUUAGUGAUCGAUUUUUUUUCGAUAGUUACACAAGCCAGCUUGCUAGCGUUAUUUUAUUAGUACGAACCUUCUUUUUUUACUAAGUCAACUCACAAAUAAAAGUUUUCGUUAUAAGUGUUGGCUUAUUUGGUGACACUUUUGCUAUAAUUACGAUCUGUAGCAUUGGAAAUUGCAUAGCAUCUGUUCUCUACUUUAUUUGUGGCUAGUGUUUGUGAGUAAUUAAGCGUCCGUGGCUGAGUGAUUAGUGAGUGAGACUCAUAAUUUCUAGUUCGCAGAUCGAAUUCGAGACCUAGACGAAUUUUUACUAAUUCGAUGCUUGUUUCAACUUUUCUUAUUGCUCUUUAUAGAGCUGCUUUCUGUCGUGUUCUCGCGAUUUUUGUGAAGCGCAGUUCGCCUGUGUCCAAAAUUUUUUUGAAAAAAAAACUUUUUUUUCGGUUUUUUGUCCUUGAAUUUAUUGACACUUUUCCAACUUAAUGUUGGCUAUAUUUUUAGAGUUUACCUGUGGCAAAAAAAGGGCUUGUUUUAAAGUUUAAUCUUUGUGUUAAGUGUUGAAAUUGUUCGUUAUAUAAAGUUUCGUUAUUAGGUGCCAUAAUGCGGGAAAUUGUUACUAGGUUCUGAAAAAUUAACUUGGAUCACAUUAUCGGAUCUAUUUACAUCACUUCUGUUUCAGAUUGAUAGAAGUUUUGAUGUUUAAAAAUCAAGGUCCAUUUUUCUCUAGAUAUAAUUAACAGAUUUCAUCUUAAAAGUGCUCUCGUGUGAUAUUUUUUGAGUUUCAUAUU